AUGGCUGGCCACUCCCUCAUUCCUUCCACCAACCCGUCCAGCAAACCUCCUGCAAGAUCCACCAAGAAUUUCAAAUGCUUGUACUGUUUUCAGAAAGGCCACACCAUUUCCAGGUGUCAUAUAGUCAGCUAUGAUCAGCAGAAAGGAUUAAUUAGAAGAAUUGGCUCUGAAUUUUGGCUCUCGGACAACUCACCUAUACUCUUGGAUCCCUGGAGGCCUAUCAAGGACAUAGUGGACACCUUUUCAGCCACUCAGAAUCAAUCCCUGGUUUCUCCUCCCCCAUCAACAAGCUUCAGUUACUCUUUUACCUCAACCGCAGCUACUGAAAAGUCAACAAUGGAAGACUCAGAGGACCUCAACAAAUUCACCCUUUCUUCAGCUCAAACAAUAGAAGAAACCAACCACCAGGUAGUCGAUAAUCUCCCUUCUCCUGGAUCCAUUGCAGUCAAGUUGAAUGGAUACAACUGUGAAGGAUUGCUGUGCCCUGGACUACUUUUUAAUUUCAUCUCAGAAGAGGAGGCUCAAGAACUUGACUUCGACGUUCAUCCGAAAGACAUAUGGAUGCCAGGGAUUUGUGACGAUGACAUCAAAAUCUCAGGAAUAGCAUUGGCUUCUCUGUCAAUUGGUGGAGUUUUUGAAACGACCUUGUUCUUAGUUACUCAGAAGAUUGGACCACUUAUCCUUGGAAAACCCUUCAUGAAGGAUUUUUCGGCCGUCAUCAACUACAAUGAACCAGAGCCCCCAAUAUUGAAAGUUUCAGAUCCCGGAGGCAUUAAACACCUGUUCCCAAUUUCUCAAGUUGAGAGAACAAGCUCUCAAGGAAUCAGAUCCGACUUCAAGGACACCUCUUCGUUCUUUUUGGAUUGCUAG